AUGAUGCUCCGACACCUCAUCCUCAUCUCCGUCUGCGUAUCUAUCGCGUUCUGCGUCACUUGCUACGUCGGACAGCAGACAUUGCCAAAUAAGGGCGACGUCUUCUCGUCAACCCUCGUCCAAUCGGCAAUGUCCAUUCGGGACUGUGGCCCUCAGGUGAGGAUGUGCUUCAAAUCCUAUGUACGUCGCGACCAUGAUGGAGACAAUUCCCACACUGAGACGAGGGACUGUGGCGAUCCGAAUUCUGGACGGUGCUUCCAGGACACGGGCUGCUCUGGCCCCGGCUCGAACAAGGUCUGCUGCUGCUCGGGAGAUCUCUGCAAUUCAGCCCCGAAUUCUGUUUCCCUCUCCCUCACCCUUAUUGCCACGAUUCUCGUUGCUCGUUUUGUAUGCCUC